CAUCGUGGUCGUUGGUCGAGUUUGUUAGUCAACGAUCGCCACCCCAUCGUCCCAGUUCUGUGCGGGGGUUGAUCAUUUGCUACCCCCACCGUUCAACCGAGUUCAAAUGUGGCCACCGCUUACCGGGCUGACAUGGGCAUGCCAGCUCAGUGUGGUAGUGUGGUGUCGUUUAAUUGUUUUCGGUUGUUGACGAUUUGCAUGCGGAUCGCAACGCGAGUGACAAGAAGCGAUGCUGUGGAGCGGUAGUAUCCUCCCCAAGAUACUACCACGAAACAAGCGAUGACCACCCGGUUUGGUAGUCGUAGUGCGAGGCCGAUUUUUAUAUAUACCUCCACUAUGGGUGGACCUCGAUCAGUUGGUUGACAAUCGUUAAUCGAACCGAUCGAACGCUGAAGUGUGUAGUCCACCGUCGCGCUGUGGGCGAACCUCUGGUGUAAAUUGUGUGUUUUUUGUUAAUCGUAGCGUGUUCGUAAAACAAUCGUUGCUGUGGACGAUUAUUGUGCAGCUAGCGCGCUUCAACACAGGUCGUUCACAAUGCAUCCGGCGGUACCAUUCCGGCUACAGUCGGCGAGUCCUUCCCCGGUGGUCCGGUUGCUGCUGGCGUUGCUGGUGUUCGGAAACGUUUGGCUCGCCGCCGUAGGGCAAGGAUGUUCGCGCAAUCCGUGCGGUGUAGGCGCCACGUGUCAGGAGACGGCCGGUGGACGCCCCGUUUGUUCCUGCCCCGCCGGCUACAGUGGCAAUCCGCUGGUUCAGUGCCGUCGGGCCGAAUGCCUCGAUCAUUCGGAAUGUCGGGGUGAUCAGGCCUGCCGUAACGGGAACUGCGUCAAUCCGUGUGCGGGCGUAUGCGGAAUCAAUGCCAACUGUGAAGUACGGAACCACGUGCCAGUGUGCAGCUGUCCCCGGGGCCGAACGGGAGAUCCGUUCAGUAGCUGCCGUUUGCAGGACCCCGAGGAGCUGUGCCGUCCUAGCCCGUGCGGAUCGAACACCAAGUGUGACGUGAUCAACGGUGUCCCGACCUGUUCCUGUUUGCCGGGAUACAUCGGUUCUCCCCUGUCUGGCUGUCGGCAUGAGUGUGAGUCGGAUGUGGAGUGUAGCUCCAACCAGUACUGCAGCCAGUUCAAGUGCGUCAACGGAUGCAACCAGUGCGGCAAGGGUGCGACCUGUGCCCGGGUGACGAACCAUCGGGCUGUCUGCGAAUGUCCCAAGGGAUACAUCGGUAGUCCGUUCGCCGAAUGCCGACCAGAAUGCUUCGGCGAUCGUGACUGUCCCGCCGGUCGUCCGGCCUGUAUCUAUGGCAUUUGCAAAAAUCCCUGCGAAGGUGCGUGCGGUGUGAAUGCGGACUGUAAUCUGCGCGGUUUGACACCGGUGUGUAGCUGUCCGCGGGAUAUGACCGGCGAUCCGUUUAUCAGCUGCCGUCCGUUCACGAAGGAGGAUCUGUGCAGUCCGAACCCAUGUGGAACGAAUGCGGUGUGUACGCCCGGAUACGAUCGUAGCAAUCAGGAACGGCCGGUAUGCACCUGUCCACCCGGUUACACCGGAAACGCUCUGACUAGCUGUGUGCGGGGUGAAUGCCAAAGUGAUGGAGAGUGUGCCGAUCAUAAGGCUUGCAUCGCGUACCAGUGUGUGGAUCCUUGCGUUGGGCAGUGUGGCGUUGGUGCCCAAUGCCAAGCGAAGCGCCAUCUCGCCGUCUGUACCUGCCCGGCGGGAACACAGGGUGAUGCGCUCGUAUCGUGCCGUACCGCUCGGAACUAUCCGGUUGCCCGCUAUAACAAGAAGCGCAAUGCAGUUCCCUAAUGUGCCCUUGUUCGAAGCUAUACGUACAUCUUAAACCAUUAAAUCGAUACACUGGAAGCCGCCAUCACAAACACCUCAACUAGUCGUCGUGAAGAAGCGAUCGAAUGCUUCAUCCUUAACUUAUUGAAUCUUUUCACGUGCUUUUCUCUGCACUCGAUAGCUUAACUGCUUGCGAAUAGGUUAGGUGGUAACGGCCGAUAGCGAGACAGACGAUCGGCGAACGAUAAUCAGUAACAAACAGUGCGAUGGAACCGUUUGAAACGCAUCCAAAUUAAAAAUGUCUUCGACUUUUCUUUUGUAAUCCUACAUGAUUUAAAUAAAACAAAACACCAUUUUCUAAGA